AUGACAGGUGCCAACGGGAUGUUUUCGGACUCUAACAUGAAGAGAGCAGGGUCCCCGUUAAAUCUUGGGAUGACACAUCCACCAGCCGCCAAGAUGGGGGCCACAACCACCCCCACCCCCACCCCCACCCACAGGUGCACCGGGUUCGGGAUCCAAGAGAUCCUCGGGCUGAAUAAAGACCCGCCCGCGGUAACCAGGCGUCCGCUGGAGUCUCUGCCGCCCAGGGCGCACCUGCUUGCGGGCAGAACGGCUCUGGGCCACGGGGGGUCCGGGGUCGGAAUGGGCAUCAUGGGCCACGGAGGAAUACACCCGUUUUACAGCCAGCCCGCGUUUCUCGAGGUUCUGUCAGAGGCGCAGAACGUGCACCUGCAGCCGCUGAGCAGGGGGGUCCCGGGGCCGAUGGAGACCAACCACUCCAGCUCCGAUUCGGAUGAUGUGAGUCUGUCUCCCGGGGAUAAUUCGUUUUCCAAAUUGUCGUUGAGCCAGAACAAGAAGAGGAAAAAGAGACGUCACAGAACCAUUUUCACGUCGUUCCAGCUGGAGGAACUGGAGAAGGCUUUCAACGAAGCCCACUACCCAGACGUAUACGCCAGAGAGAUGCUCUCCAUGAAAACCGACCUGCCAGAAGACAGAAUACAGGUGUGGUUCCAGAACCGACGCGCCAAGUGGAGGAAGCGGGAGAAGUGCUGGGGCCGCAGCAGCGUCAUGGCCGAGUACGGCCUGUACGGUGCCAUGGUCCGCCACUCGAUCCCGCUGCCCGAGUCCAUCCUCAAGUCCGCCAAGGAAGGCGUCGUGGACUCCUGCGCCCCCUGGCUGCUUGGCAUGCACAAGAAGUCGAUGGAGACGCCGUGCCACACCUCCCCGGAGAAACCCAAGAGCACGCAGACGCCUCUGCAGGAUCCGGCGCCGGGGGAGCGAGGCGUGGAGUCCGAAGACCAGGAGAGGCCGAGGAAGGACCGCGUUGCACCGCCUCCCUCCGUCUCCAUCUCCAAGGAGGAGCUCCGGGAGAACAGCAUCGCGGCCCUGAGAGCCAAGGCCCAGGAGCACAGCGCCAAGAUCCGGAGAUCCCCCGCGCCUUUCGCGUCGAGUCCCACCGAGACCGAGAGGCCGAGCGGACAGACGAGGGAGGGGAGUCCCGAGGCGGAGGACAAACACACGGCAGAGCAGUUGACGCACUGAAACACGCGGUUACCGCGGGGUGGACGGGCCUUGUGACGGGCAAAGACAUUCUCGUUCUCCUCCUUCUCAAACUCCUACUCCUUCUACAGCUACAUAAAUCGACAAAUGCAGGGAGGUAUUCCACAAGAUGGCGGUUAGCUAUUGAACUUUAAAUCCUGUUCAUGUGUCCAAGUUAGUUUGAGGAUUUCCAUUAUGUUGAGCUCAAGUGUGUUGAAGCUAACAUAGGCCUAUUUGGGUUACGUUGAACUAUGUUGAUCUUCACAUGCAGUAGCACCAUGAUGAUGACUCAAACCGCCAUAUCCCCAACCCUCAUUUUGUAUAUACUGUAUAUUGUACAUUUUGAAAAUUAGCGUUAAUACAGUUGACAUGGUUAGGCCUAUGUGUGAUGAAAAAUGACUUGUUUGUCUCUGUAUAAGUGCAAUUGU